GUUUUACUUCCUGCAGUUCCAGCUGUCACAUGAAGCUAGUUAGUUCUCUGCUGGUAGACAUGUCCUGAUUAAAACACACGCAACAAAAAAAACCAAAAAACUAUGACUUCGUCUGUAAACGGAAGAGCAUUGGAUGAAGAUAUGGAUAAUCAAAUUGUACAGGCUGUGUGUGUAGAGGAUGGGAUGGUGUCGGGGUCGAUCGGGAUGUCAGACUUCUCCGAUGAGAUCUUGUUAAGUAUCCUGCGCCACGUCUCGACCUCUGACCUCGUGAACAACGUUUCCUGGACCUGCCGCAAGCUACACACACUCUGCUACGACAAGACCCUGCUGACCACGGUCACACUGUCUGAGGAAUACACGGCAAAUGACGGUGCUAUUCGCCAGGUGCUGAAGCAUCUAUCCAAUCACGUGCAGUCCCUCAGUCUUAGCGGCUGCUAUUGGCUGUCGGGUUCUACCAUCGACCGUCUGAUUCGCUGUCGCUCCCUGACGCGUCUGGACCUAUCGGGAUGUCGCGUCACCUCCCUGCGUCUGUCCCGCCUCCUCUCCUCCCUGUCUCGCCUCCGAUCUCUGGCUUUCGACGUGUCGCCCGGCUUCGAUUCCGCCCACCUGAGCGGCGAGGCCCGUGAUUCGCUGUCUCGCCUGUCGGAGCUGAGCCAGACGGUCCUGACGCCCAGUUACGGCGUCGUCCCUUGCUGCUCCCGCCUCCUCAGUCUACAGCUGCAGCUGGACAUACCUGACGUCACCAGGGAGGGUACCAGUGUGUGUUGCCAGCUGAUGAUUGGUCAGAGCAGUGUUCCUCACUACCAACAGCUGGAGGAGUUUACAGCCCGCCUGGCUCCUGGAGAGGUGAACCAGACUCUCCUCCUCCUCUACCUCGCUGUGUUCAGUGUUCACGUUCCGGAACGUCUCCGCUGCUUCCUGGUUUCAGUUCCUGGUCCGAACCCCGCCCACUGGCCUGCUGCAUCCUCAUUGGCCCGUAGCCUCGUUCAGCACGGCGACCUGGAAGCCCUGCAGUUGCCUCGCUCCUGGUUGGACGCCGCGUCGCUACGACAGGUUCUUCUCAGCAACGCUCCCAAACACCUGAACUUCUCCCGUUGCCCCGCGUUACGACAAACUGUCAUCCAAUCGUUGACCGGCGCCGGAGCGAGAGACCCGACGCGAUUGGUCAGCCUGAAUCUCAGCGGCAUAGGCCACGCCUCCAAUUACCCAGAGCGCGGUAGAGCGCGGGGAGAGGAGGAGCUUGUUGCCGAGGCGAUGAGCCGGCUGGUCAUUGGCUGUCCCGACCUGUCACACCUCAACCUGUCACACACGCACUAUCACCACGACGACACGCACACGCCCGGGCUGGAAGACAACGCGCACCUGUGUACGAGUUUGGCGAAACUCGCACACCUCCGUUCGCUGGCGUUGCCCGUUUGCGCUCUGUCGGACAGUUCGCACACGCCGUCUCCUCCUCCUUCCUCCUCUUCCUCCUCCUCUUCUUCCUCUUCCUCUCUGCUGGGUCUGAGGAAGCCGUCGCGAGUCGGGCUCCAGACCUACAGGCCGGGCUGUGACGACUCUCUCCCCAGGGAGGGCACCUCCGGGCUGGGUACCCUGCUGUCCGGCUGCCCCCGUCUGGAAGUCCUGGAGUUAACGGGACCCGGUUUCGUCUCCGCUUUGCCGCGUCUCGAGCCGUGCGCCGGGCCGCGUGCGGAUCAGAGCGCGUGCGCGUACGCUCGCCGCGUCGGGGACGAGCACAUCGCCGCUCUGCGGGGUUUCCGGGGGCUGCGGACGCUGACGUUGGCCGGGUUGCCCGGGAUACUGAAGGGAUCUGGGUUGGUGCAGGUGGCUGAGCGCUGCAGGGACCUGCGGGCGUUAUCUCUGGCCAACCUGGGGUCCUUAAAGACAUGGAACUACAGCGCCGCCCUGCUGGACACACUGAGGAACUGCACCCAGCUCACACAGCUACGGUUGGAGCAGCCCUACCUGGUGUGCAACGGUGCAUUCUGGGAGGCGUUGUCAUGCUGCUCUCGUCUCCGCCGCCUCUGUCUCGUCUCACGGAACGGAACCUUCCACCCCGCCGCCGUGGUUACCUUCAUGGAGUGUUGCCGCGACGUCACGGUGUGUCACAUGUUCUUGGGCGGAACUCUGGCGGCGUGUCGCACGCUACAGAAAACGCUGCUAGACCGUUUCUCUGGGGAGCGUCCGGCCCUCAGUGUGGUCAUCCACCCUCUGCUCCAUGAAGACCUCCCAUUGGUCAUCAGAGACAUGCCCCUCCCACUGCUCGAUCAACUGACCCUCUUCCAGAGCCGCGUUGCCCAGGCCCCGCCCUCGUCUCAAUUGGGACACCAGAGAGAGAAGAGUCAACUAGCCAAUCAGAGCCCCUCAUCGCCGUGGUGAUGCCAGAGAGUGAAGAGGCGUCUAGCCAAUCGCAGCCUCUCAGACUAGAGGUCUUCACGGAUCCAAAAUGGACCUGGUGCUUUUCCACCCGGACCCGAAGUGUAUAAAUGAUUCCUGUUUAAUAUAGAGACCUGAUCCGAACGGAUAACAACAACUCAAACAAUCAAUCAAUCAAUCAGAUGUGUUAAUAAAGACCUUCUUACAUCAGCUGAUAUCUCAAAGUGCUGUACAGAAACCCAGCCUAAAACCCCCAAAACAGCAAGCAAUGCAGGCGUAGAAGCACGGUGGCUAGGAAAAACUCCCCUAGAAAGGCAGGAACCUAGGAAGAAACCUAGAGAGGAACCAGGCUAUGAGGGGGUGGCUAGGAAAAACUCCCCUAGAAAGGCUGGAAGCUAGGAAGAAACCUA